AUGUCCAUCUGGGAUUCGUUCAGCGGCCGCAAACAGGCCAAGGAUAACUUCGACGCGCCGGAUGCCACCUCAUUCCUUUCGGAGGUCGCCAUUCCCGACCCCUCGAGCCUUCACCCUUUAGCUGGCUUGAACGAAGACACCCUCGAUUACAUCACACUUGAAGACUCCGCCCUUGAUCAGCUCCCCGGCUCAGAAUCUGUUUUACCAUCGCGAGGAUGGUCGGAUGACCUUUGCUACGGAACCGGAACGACCUACAUUGCAGCGCUGGGACUCGGAGGAGCUUGGGGGCUGGCUGAAGGAUUGAGAAAAACACCGGUAACGGCACCCCCCAAGAUUCGCCUGAACGGCGUAUUGAACUCCAUUACUCGGAGAGGUCCCUUCCUUGGAAACUCCGCGGGCGUGGUGGCCAUGGUUUACAACGGUCUGAAUUCAUUUGUUGGUUAUGUGCGGGGGAAGCAUGAUGCUGCCAACAGCAUCACUGCCGGCGCUAUCAGUGGCAUGGUGUUUAAGAGUACCCGGGGUCUGAAGCCUAUGAUGAUCUCUGGCGGCAUUGUCGCUGGUGUUGCUGGAACAUGGAGCGUGGUGAAAAAGGCUGUUCUCUGA